AUAUCUCAUAUAAUUUGCAACGUGCGUGACGUCAGAUAGGGCUCAGAACGAUACCGUAUAGGUCUCAGAGCUAUCAAACGUAUUGUUGUCAGAACGAUACAGUAGAUCGUUGCAGUAACAAUCUAGUAGAUAAGUAAUGCGUAUUGUUACUGUAACUAUACAGUAUACUUCUCAGAACUAUAUUUUUUUCUCCGUAUAUUAAAAAAUGUUUUUCACUCACAAUUUGAAUUAUGAAAAAAAAGUAGUUACGAGGUUUAUCCAGAAAGGGGACGGGAUAUCAAAUUGGAGAUAAAAAUUUUUCACUGAACUUUAUUAUUUUUUUUAAUUUUAAAUAUUCAUAAUAAGUUAAAAAAAGGGUGUAGAAAUGUUUUUGUAUGAGACAAAUUGUCAACGAGGAAGAACCGUCAGUAAAGCACCCCUAGCGCUUUCGCGCUUGAGGUGUGCAAAAUACUUACUAAUGUUCGGAAUCUGGAUAUUAAUGAGGAUUAAUGAGAAAAAUAAUUCUGUGUAGAGCAUGAUAACACUAGAAACAAGUUAAGACUUGGUUUGAGAUAAAUAUUAUACUAUGUGAAAAAUUAUGAACAGUUAAAAAAUAAUUAUUUUCUCAAAUUUUUAUUUUAUUCAACUGCAGAACUAAGUACCCAUAAAAGCUUUAGUUUAUAGGAAUUCAUAAAAUCGGUUGAAUUAUCUAGGAGAUACCGUUAAGAAUAAAAUUUAUUCAAAUUUCAUUUGCCAAGAUGAAGCUUACGGAACCACAAGUUAAAAGAGUAUACAGUAGUUAUUAUACGACUGAUGUUUAAGAAAAUAUAAUUAUAUAAACGGAACUCACCCAAAGCACAUCUGAAAUGGUUGGUGACUUGUGGUCGAAUGCGGAAUUGCGGAAUCGGGAGCAGGAGCAGUGCUGCACAGGCAACGGUGGCAAUGCUCAUGAAGCGACGAAGGCUUGGUGUUGUGGUCCCACCGUAAGAGAAUGGACCUCGGAAAUCGCACCCACUACCGUACCUUGAUAAACUGCGCAUGCGCAGUGAAAAGCGGGAAAAUAUUUAAACAUCCAGAGUGGGAUUCAAAACCGACGAUGCCCGAAGUCAAAUCUCAACAAUUACACGAUAAAGUGCUACGUUAUUUUAAAUAAUAACAGUGAUUAAAAACAAUCAAACAAGAUGACUGCGGGUUUUGAAGAUCCGUAUGUAACAUGUCCACUGGACGAGGUCCACAGGAUUAGAAAAAGUCGUGUGCAGUAUCAUUUAAUUAAAUGCUUGAAGAAUCAUAAAUUGACGGACAAGAUAAAAUGCCCGUUUAAUCCAUUGCAUAUUAUUUAUCCAAAUGAAAUAGCGCUUUACAUGCUUGUUUGUGAAAGCAAAGCAAGUGUUGAUUUGCAAAUGUAUGAUAGAAAUGAUAAAAAGUGUUUCUCGGGAAUAAUAUCUGAACAAGAUGCAAUGGCUCAACUCGAAGCAGCUCUCGGUCCGUCAAGUAAUGAAGUUGAAAACAACCAUACUAUCGAUAAAGCAGGUUAUGAUCCUGUAGAGGCGAACCUGGAUAAUCCCGUGUCAUCGAUUAACUCAUCACUGUACGAUCUCAUUCCAUUUGACUCCAUCAGUCUCCCCUUCAUGGGCAUAUCCGCAGAUGACGGAAUCGUACAAGUCGACUCGGAAGUUUUCAUGGGUUUCAUGGGAGUUGAGCCAAGGACUUUGGAGACGCGUGAUACGUGGGUCAUAAACCAGGCCAAUGGGACUCGAAGGGAAAAAAGACCGUGGAAUUGAGGAUCAGAGUGCCGAAUAUUGUUUUGUAAUGGACUCUAGGCAAUGUUCAUGUUUACGAGCUGUCGUCUGUAGGCUGUUGAGCUCUUUCACGUUUGUUCAUUCUGUCUAUUUCAUAAUUCAAACCACAAAAUGAGUAUUUCUGUGAGUGGUUGGAUAAAUUGAUGAGUACAUAAACGAAAAACUAUAUUUCGUUCUACUAUAAAGUAUCCAGUAAAUAUAAAAAAUAUUAUAGCAUUUAGGGAAAAUAAAAAAUAGUAAUAAAGAAAAUAUAUAUAAGUAAAUAAAAGAAAAUGAUGAACAAAUU